UGAGGACCCACAGCGCAGUCUAUGGGCCUAUGGCGGAGCGACGCCUAUGGGCUGUGGCCCUCCUUUGGCCGCCAUUGUCGUGCCUGCCAAGCUUCACUACGUGACUAGUCUGCUUCACCUCGCCGGCAGAGCGAGACCACUGGGAAACUCCCUGAUCCGAUCUGCGUCUCCCUACAUCCAGGCAACGUCCUUGGCCCGCCGGGUCUCUGCCACCAGCCUCGGGAGGACCGACCAGAGCGCCGGGCCUAGCACGGGAGGGACCCAGGUCGGGGGAGAACAACUGCUACGUUCCAGUCCUGGAUGCUUUUGUUAGCCAGACUGUGAGCCGCGACGGGUUCCCAAGGCCCUGCUGGCCAGGCACUGCGUCUCCCAGCGCUCAUGAGGAACUGAGCCUGGUCUGGUGUCUGGAGGAACAAGUUGUAGCACCGAUCGCGCCCAGCACAGACUUGCCCCUGCCCCACCACCCAAACCUACUCUCUUGCUUCAUUCCUCCCAGAGCCCACGGUCCCCAAACAGUGCACCUGCCGGAGGUCCCAACCCAGCGGGAGACGUGGACAUGAGGUUGGCAGGCCCCCUGCGAAUCGUGGCCCUAAUCAUCACUAUGGGUCUCACCUGGAUCCUAGUCACCAUCCUCCUGGGUGGUCCUGGUGGUGGCCUUCCUCGAAUUCAGCAAUUCUUCACCAGCCCAGAGAACUCAGUGACUGCAGAACCAAAGGCCAGGAAGUACAAGUGCGGCCUGCCCCAGCCAUGUCCUGAGGAGCACCUGGCCUUUCGCAUAGUCAGCGGGGCUGCCAAUGUCAUCGGGCCCAAGAUCUGCCUCGAGGACAAGAUGCUCAUGAGCAGCGUCAAGGACAAUGUGGGCCGUGGGCUGAACAUCGCCCUGGUGAAUGGGGUCAGUGGUGAGCUCCUGGAAGCUAGAGCCUUUGACAUGUGGGCUGGAGAUGUCAAUGAUCUCUUGAAGUUCAUCCGACCACUGCAUGAAGGUACCCUAGUGUUUGUGGCAUCCUAUGAUGAUCCAGCUACCAAGAUGAAUGAAGAGACCAGGAAGCUUUUUUCUGAACUGGGCAGCAGGAACGCCAAGGAGCUAGCCUUCCGUGACAGCUGGGUGUUUGUGGGAGCCAAGGGUGUGCAAAACAAGAGCCCCUUUGAGCAGCAUGUGAAGAACAGUAAACACACCAACAAGUAUGAGGGCUGGCCAGAGGCCCUGGAGAUGGAAGGCUGUAUCCCUCGAAGGAGCAUGGCGGGCUAGCACAGCAGAGCUCUGGGACCAGACUGAAGGAGGCAGCAUGGCACCAGUGUAGGGUGGAGGCCUUGCCCCAUGCCCAACCAUGAGGCUUCCCUGCCUGAACAUAUCAGGGCUUGAAAGUAGCCUCAAGUUGAUGAGGGCUGCAGGGCUGGCCCAUUUCACUUUGUCAUGGAGUUUAGGUAGCUGUGUUUUCCUAAAGCUGAUCCCACAGUCAGUUCCACCCAGCCCCUUCCUCUGCCCCUCCUGUGUCAUCUUAUAUUUCUUGAGUGCCCCCAGAGGCAAGGAUCUUCAGUGCUUGCUCCUUUCACUGGAGCAGCCAGUAGAUAGGUUGGGACAUCUUCCAGAACCUCUCCCUCCCAGAGGCACUGCACUGCCAUCCAACUAUGUUUUUAGUGUGAUUCUUUGAUUUUUUUUUUUUUUGGUUUUUUGAGACAGGGUUUCUCUGUAGCUAUGGAGCCUAUCCUGGACUAGCUCUGUAGACCAGGCUGGCCUUGAACUCACAGAGAUCCACGUGCCUCUGCCUCCCGAGUGCUGGGAUUAAAGGUGUGCGCCACCAUUGCCCAGCAGUGUGAUCUUUUUUAAGUAAGCCAUAUCAGAGCUUAAUCAGAUCACUUCUGCAAAACUGAAUGGAAGACUGGCCUUUGGUGCCCAAGUAGCUGGAAUCCAAUCAAAGUUCCUCACCAAAUAUAUGGCAUUAUGCAGUUUGUCAGAAGGCUCACCUUCUAAAAUGACCUGUUUGUUAAUAAACUAAUCAAUUGAAGUGGAAUAAAAUGCAUUCAGAUGUUGUCCUCA